UCCAACAGACCAGCAAAGCAAACAUGCACGAAACUGAUGUUCUUAUUGUCGGCGCAGGCCCCACCGGCCUGGUCACGGCUCUGUGGCUUUCGCGCCAAGGCAUCAAGGUCCGCAUCACCGACCGAGCGGAACGCACCGCCACAACCUCCCGUGCGCUCGCAGUCCAUGCUCGGACUCUCGAAUUGUAUCGGCAACUAGACCUCGGGGAUCGGCUGGUGGCCCUGGGCCAUCCGCUGGGGGCAACCAACAUCUGGACACAGGGGGUGCAUCGGUUUCGCAUCCCCUUCGGUCACUUCGGAAUGGGAUUGACGCCGUACCCAUAUAUCUUGAUCGUUCCCCAGGAUGUGCAGGAGAGGAUGCUGGAGGAACGGUUGAGAGACUUCGGGGUGGAGGUGGAACGGAACAUGGAGUUGGUGGAUUUUGCGGAGAAUGAUGGCGGAGUGGUGGCGCGAUUCAGAGACACGCGAACACGGAACACCACGCCGGAGUCUAGCGAAGUAGCAGAUGAUCUCCAGACGUGUGAAGCCGCGUAUAUCGUCGGGUGCGAUGGCGCCCAUUCUGCAGUCAGGCGUACGGCAGGGAUCAAGUUUACCGGCGAGACGUAUGGUCAAAUAUUCUUUGUCGCCGAUAUUGAGGGCCAGGGGCUGGCCAUCAACGGCGAAGGGCACCUCCAGCUCGACGGCGAUGUCACCUUCCUCACUCUUGCCUACGACUCUGAGCGGCAUGCCCGACUGAUAGGCAACGUGGAUGGAAAGCAGUUGGCUCAAAUCCAAGCCAAGGAGGACAUUUCAAACGUCAAUUUCGAGGACCUGGCCCUAGCCACACCAGCUAUGCGCCAAAUGAUGCAAAUUGACAAGGUGAACUGGUUCACGGCGUAUCGAGUUCAUCACCGCGUGGCCGACAAGUUCCGGAGCGGUCGCGCGUUUCUCGUUGGGGACGCUGCCCACAUUCAUAGUCCAGUCGGAGGACAGGGGAUGAACACAGGCAUUGGUGAUGCGAUCAAUCUCGCUUGGAAGCUGGCUACUGUGUUGCAGCGAAACGCGGAUGCAUCACUGUUAGAUACCUACGAGUCGGAGCGACGAGCCUUUGCGCUGACUCUCGUCAAGACGACCGAUUCGGCCUUCAACAAACUGGCCGCCAGAGGCUGGCUGGCCAAUUUCAUGCGCAGCUACCUCAUUCCGUUCGUUGUGAAGCUUGCCGUCAAUUUUGGCUUCGUUCGUCGACGAAUAUUCUUUGGCCUGUCCCAGCUUAAGAUACAGUAUCAACACAGCCUGCUGUCUGCCGGGUCUGCCGGCACUGUUAAGGGUGGAGAUCGGCUACCAUGGGUGUCAGUAGGUGAAGUCGACAACUAUGAAUCUCUCAAGGAAAUUACCUGGCAGGUCCACGUGUACGGCGAGUCUUCGACUGAACUGGCGAAAUGGUGCCAGCUGAGAAACACUCCGUUGCACUGCUUUAGUUGGUGCUCUCAGCAUAGGCAAGCAGGAUUGGCACGCAAUGCGGCAUAUCUGAUCCGGCCCGACACAUAUGUGGCAGUGGCUGAGGCCUCAGGUAAACCCGAGCGAUUUGAUUCUUUUUUUCACGAUACCCAGCUCGAAGUUUCCUAGUUUUCUGUUAACCACGCUGCCUGAUGUCUAAUGUCCAAACAUCUCAACUCAACUAACAAUAGAAUAUAUACCAGUCCCUUUGCCAAUCACAUUAGGAUCAAUUGAAGUCUAGCUAAUUCUACA